CUCCAGCUGCCGCCAUCAGUGGACUCAGCCUCCAGUCAGCGUCAUGCUAUCACGGUCCCGGUGUGUUUACCGGACGCUCGGCCGCUCCCUGUCCGCCGUGAGCCAGGCCAAUAAUGUGCUGGUUCGACAAAGUGUAUCAGGCCUCUCUGUCUGCAGUCGCCUAGUUUAUUCUCAGCCAUGUGAAUUUCCAUCAUCAGCUAGUGUCUUUCACAUCAGAUACUUCAGGACCUCUGCUGCUCACAGGGAUGAAGUAGUCACAGUCAAAACUCCUGCAUUUGCAGAAUCUGUUUCAGAGGGGGACGUUAGGUGGGAGAAAGCUGUGGGCGACUCAGUAAACGAAGAUGAGGUGGUUUGUGAGAUUGAAACUGACAAGACGUCAGUACAAGUCCCCGCUCCAGCAGCCGGUGUCAUUGAGGAACUGCUGGUGCCUGAUGGAGGGAGGGUAGAGGGAGGAACGCCGCUUUUCAAACUCCGAAAAGGAGCUGCUGCCGCCAAAGCUGCUCCCUCUCCAGCUGCAGAGGCCCCUGCUGCUGCUGCAGCCGCUCCACCACCACCUCCUCCUCCAGCUGCAGCUCCCACUGCCAUGCCUCCAGUGCCCCCAGUGCCAGCACAGCCUGUCCAAGCCAAACCUGUUUCUGCUGUCCAGCCCACUGCUGCAGCUGCACCUCCUCCAACAGCUGGAAGCAGAGGAGAGAACAGGGUGAAGAUGAACCGUAUGAGGCUGAGAAUCGCCCAGAGGCUGAAGGAGGCUCAGACCACCUGCGCCAUGCUGACCACCUUCAAUGAGGUGGACAUGAGCAACAUUCAAGAGAUGAGAAAAGUCCAUAAGGAUGUUUUCUUAAAGAAGCAUAAUGUCAAACUGGGUUUUAUGUCAGCGUUUGUGAAGGCUGCAGCGUACGCUCUGACUGAUCAGCCUGCUGUCAACGCUGUUAUUGAUGAUACGACCAAAGAGAUUGUCUACAGGGACUAUGUAGACAUCAGUGUCGCUGUGGCAACUCCAAAGGGACUUGUUGUACCUGUGAUCCGCAGUGUGGAGACCAUGAACUUUGCUGACAUUGAGAAAACCAUUAAUGCGUUAGGAGAAAAGGCUCGUAAAAACGAGCUUGCUGUUGAAGAUAUGGACGGAGGCACCUUCACCAUCAGUAACGGCGGCGUGUUCGGCUCCAUGUUUGGCACCCCCAUCAUCAACCCGCCACAGUCUGCCAUCCUGGGCAUGCAUGGCAUUUUUGACCGACCUAUGGCCAUCAACGGACAGGUUGAGAUCCGGCCCAUGAUGUAUGUGGCUCUGACAUACGACCACCGACUCGUUGACGGCAGAGAAGCGGUCACUUUCUUACGCAAGAUCAAAGCAGUUGUAGAAGAUCCUCGAGUGCUGCUUCUGGACAUGUGAUUCUCCCUUCACUUCUUUACUUCUUUAAAGAUAGCUCAGCUGCAUAACAUGAACUCCACCUCACAGAAAACGCACAAAAUCACUACAAAACUACUGUUGUCUUUUUAAUUGUUCAUUCAGACUGUCGUUGGAUAUUAAGGUUAUUUUCCUAGCACUUGUGGAGCUUAAAUAUGUGGUUUUAUCUGAAGGGAGUUACUUGAAAUAUACCUAAUAUCCCAGGGAAGUGCUUUAUGUGGGCCUUUGCUAAAUCAAUAAAGCAGGAAGAUUGCUCGUCAUUCUCUACCAGUCGUCAAUUAAAGUUUUGCUACAAAUUAAUUAAGAAAGAGACAAGUCACAUUUACAACAUGCAUUUACACUUAUGACAAAAAAUAAGCAUUCACAGGCUUGUAUGUGGUUAUAUCUUUGUGCCCUUCAGAUGGCCACAUGAAGCAGUAGAUAAACCCGUCACUCCAUCCUUGUCUCACUUGUGUCGUCAUGAACCAAUAUGGUUUUUUCCACGCAGCAUUUGGCUGCAUGACAUUCUCCUCUGCUCGUUAGUUGGUACUCCUGAGCCACUUUUUCCACAGCAGGGCCGAGCAGCUCUCCCUCAAAUGAGUUCAAGAUGUUUUAAUGUUAACAGACGAUUGGAAGAAUUUGUUGGUUUACUGCUUGUCACACUUACUAGAAACAAUCUGGAAAAUAUGAAUCAGUGACCAAGAAAACAAGUAUACCACUUCCAUGCCUUUAAAUCCACGUUGACUGAAGGUCAGUUCAGUUAUAUUCCUGCUUUGCAUAGUCAGCAAUGUACUGUCUUUUUUUUUUUUUGCUUUGCUCUUGUCUGGCAGAUUCAGUGACCAUCAAAAUCUCAAAAUGUGAUCAAACUCUUUUUGAGCUUUUACCGGAACAGAAACAAAUGUACUGUUCUUAAAUAGAAAAUGUACAAGACACAAGACAGUGUUUGUUAUAUUUACAUUAUACACAAACUUAAACACUUUAUGGUCAGAGUGUUGGGAGUAAUGUUUAAAACGCACAAUUUGGCAGCAAAUGAUGAGAGGUUUUUUUUUUGUGCUAUCCUAUAUAUAAAAUACUUGUAUCUAUUUAACAAAACUAUUUUAAACAUUAAACAUCUCAAGAGUUUUAUGUACUUAAACCUGUCUCGCUAUUUCCUUCACAAACUGAACAUGUUUACAGUUUUCCCUCAGUCCACCGAUCAUGGUUUAGAGCUUAAACUUGAAGGUGGAUAUUUU